AUGAAGAAGGCGGUGGCAGUGGGAGGAGGAGGUGGGAAGGGAGGCACAGCGCCUACGGACCUCCUGGUCUGCUUCCCCGCUCGGCAGCACCUGGCGCUGAUGCCCAAGCCCAUCUGCAGCCCGUCCCGGACCACCAUGGACAAGGCGGCCGCCGCGCGCCGGCGCCAGCUCCAGCUCCAGCUGCCUGGCGCCAGCGCUGCUGCAGGUGGUGGGAGAGUGCGCGGGAGUAGCCCCAUGUUCCGGGGGUCCAAGGCGAAGCAGAGGGCGGCGGAGGAGGAAGAGGAGCCGCAGUCGCCGAAGGUCACGUGCGCCGGCCAGAUCAAGGUCGGCCGGCCCAAGAAGGUGAAGCCGGGGCCGGGCUCGACGGCAGCGACGAAGCACGGUAAGGAUGGCGUCGGCGUCGGCGACGCCAGGAGCUGGAUCACCGUGGUGGAGGAGAUCGAGCGGCUGCGCGGCCGGAGGAAGAAGGUGGGCUGGCUCGAGACCCUCGGGAUCAGGCGGGACGCGCUGCCGUUCCUAGGCGCCGCGCUCCGGAGCCUGCGGUUCAAGGCGCGCUGCUUUGGGUCUCUCCAUGCUGCGGCCGUGGACUCCUCCGUUGACUCCGACGACGCGGGGGAGCGUGGAAGAAAGCACGGAGCCGGAGGGAGCGCCGCGGCCAGCGUGUUCUCCAAGUGGCUCAUGGUGCUGGAAGGCGGCCAGGAGCCCAUGGAGCAAGACGAAGCCAGGCACGACGAGGAACGCGACCACGAAGAAGACGUCGAGCGGCAGGAGGGCGAGGAGACGGACGAGGGCACGAACGGGCCGUCCGCGCCGCCGCCGAACGCACUGCUGCUCAUGCGGUGCCGCUCGGCGCCCGCGAAGGGACUGUCCAUGUCCAGAAGGAGGACAUGUGACCAGCUGGCCGGCGAGGACGACCAAGAGAAGGGGGCCGCGGUCGGCGAGCCGGGACCGGGAGACGGUGAAACAGAGGAGAACAAGGAGGAGCUGGUGUUCAUGAGCACAGCGCCCGGCUUCAUGAAGCUGUCACUGGACAUCGCCAAGGAGACGUGGGUCGUCGGCGGCUGGGACCCGAUCGCGAGGAGCCGGAGCUGGAAGAGGUGA